CCGGGACCACGUUGUCGCCUCUCCGUCCUCGCAGGGAGCGGUUCCCUCGCUCUGGUCCCUGCUGUUCCCCGGGGUGAAGACCUGUCACAAAACAGAUAAGGACAGCACAUACACUAUUAGAUUUCUCGUUCACACCUGGAAACCAUUCCUGUUAAGCAGAACAUUCAUCUCCCUGCUAAGUCAGUCCUUUCUUUCACAUGCUGCUGUGAACCACGCAUCCAGGAGCUGAAGCUGUGGCAAGGUUUGCAACAAUGGUAAAGGAAGAUGUAAAUAACAGUGAAGAUUCUGAGCCAUCAGUAUGUGAGCGAAAUGGCAUGAUUCUUAUGCAUGAGCAAAGUGAGCAGGGACCAACAGCAGAUGCCAAAGGUACCGAUGGGAAUACACAAACAGAAGAAACUGCUCUCUUGAACCACUGUGCUCAGCAACCUCCAGAACCAAUAGCAGGGUCUUCAAGAACAUGGAGGCAAAUAUUUGCUUGUCCUCCUCAGGGUUUACUGGCCCAAACAGUGACAAAUGUUGCAGUCGUGGUCCUGGUUUGGGCUGUGGUUUGGUCCAUAACUGGGGCUGAGUGUCUCCCAGGUGGAAAUCUGUUUGGAAUUCUAUUUCUUUAUUUUUUUGCUGUCAUUGGAGGUAAAAUUUUUGGAUUCAUCAAAAUACGAACCCUACCCCCUCUCCCUGCUCUUCUGGGGAUGCUACUUGCUGGUUUCCUAAUCCGAAACACUCCGUUCAUUAGUGACAUUGUCCAGAUAAACCUACGCUGGUCUGCAGCACUGAGGAAUAUUGCUCUUUCAGUUAUCUUGACCCGAGCAGGACUCGGCCUGGAUCCAAAGGCUCUUAAGAAGCUCAAAGCUGUCUGUUUACGGCUUGCUUUUGGACCGUGCCUCUCAGAAACAUGCACAGCUGCUGUUCUUGCCUACUUUCUCCUGCAUUUGCCAUGGCAGUGGGGAUUUAUAUUAGGUUUUGUUAUAGGUGCAGUCUCCCCUGCUGUGGUGGUUCCCUCAAUGCUGAUUUUACAAGCUGGGGGAUAUGGAGUGGAGAAAGGUGUCCCAACUUUGCUAAUGGCAGCUGGCAGCAUUGAUGACAUUCUGGCUAUCACAGGCUUCAACACUUGCCUUGGAAUAGCUUUCUCCUCCGGUUCUACUCUGUACAAUGUGCUCCGUGGAGUGCUGGAAGUUGCUGUUGGCAUAGCAGCUGGGGGGAUUCUGGGAAUGUUUAUUCGAUAUUUCCCAAGCCAUGAUCAGGCAUCUCUGGCAUGGAAGAGAUCAUAUUUUGCACUUGGAUUGUCCAUGUUUGCUGUUUUUGGCAGCAUCUACUUUGGCUUCCCUGGAUCGGGAGGACUCUGCACAUUAGUCUUAGCCUUUGUUGCAGGUGUGGGAUGGUCUGAUGAAAAGAGGGACGUAGAAAAAAUUGUGGCAGUUGCAUGGAAUAUCUUCCAACCUUUUCUUUUUGGUUUAAUUGGAGCAGAAGUAUCUGUUACAUCUCUUAGGCCUGAAACUGUUGGGUUCUGUGUUGCUAUAUUAGGCAUUGCCCUAGUUGUGCGAAUCAUAACAACAUUCCUCAUGGUGUCUUUCACUGGGUUUAAUUUCAAGGAGAAAGUAUUUGUCUCACUGGCAUGGAUGCCCAAAGCCACUGUCCAGGCUGCAAUAGGUUCUCUUGCCCUGGAUACAGCAAGAAGACAUCAAGAUGAGCAACUGGAAAAGUAUGGAAUGGAUGUACUGACAGUAGCUUUCUUGGCUAUCUUGAUUACUGCUCCAAUUGGAGCCCUGGUUAUUGGCUUGGCAGGGCCCAGACUUUUGCAGAAGGCUCAGACAAAUAGCAAGGAGGAUGAGGAAGGUGCUGAGGCUGGAGAAGAAGCAGAGGCCUGUGAACCUUCGUGAGACAGACAUCUACUGGAAUAUGGUCCUUCAACCCUUACACUUUUGUUGAGUAAACAUGGCAUGUCUCUAAUUUCGCUGGAGGAAACUAAAACAAGUAUCAGUUACAUCUGCUAUUUUUAAAUUAGCCCUGGUGGAGUUCUAUAAAAUAUUUUUAUCUGUGGAUAGUGCCUUGAGAUGAAAUAGCUGAACACAGAGUGAACAGGCUGACCAGGCAGUGAGUCAGAAGUUAGCAGUCAACAGUUACUCAAAAUGUGUGGGUGGUGAGGCCAGGGAGAGGGUCAGAAUUGUUCAGGCAUGGAGUGGAGUCAUGAGGUGGAAUAUAAACAGAAGAAAAUGGAGACUAAUGUGAAUAACUUCUUGAUGGUUGAAACUGGGCUGUGAGAUUACAGGUUCAAUAACUCAAAGAAAGCAACUUCCAAAUAAGAGACUGCCAACACAUACUGAACAAGUCCUGCUGGUGAUUUCCUCUCCUUCCUCAUUUGUGUUUCUAAAACUUGCCUUUUCCUACUGCUGUUCUUUCUCACAGCUGAUGCACUCCUUUGUGCCUUCGGGGGACUGUCAGCUCUGGUCAUUGCAAGAAACAGCAAGUGAUACUUCUGUGCUAAAAGAGACAGUUGGGGCCCUCACAGACUGUGGUAAUAGAGGUGUUGGUGCUGGUAGAAAAAAGGACAGAAUUUGAAAAUGGGAUGAGGGUUGUGGGGAGGUUAUGAGAAAUGUGAAAGGGUUGUGUAGGACUGGGAAGGCUGCUCCUUCACCUGGGUACCUCAGCCUUCACACAGGAUGUGAAGGGAGGGAAAGCCAGCUCUUGGGCCACUGAGUGGCUGUGUUCUGGUGCUGGCCACUGUAGGACAGAUGGGAGAGCUCUUCACAGUAGGGUUUACUGACAGGGCAAGGCCUCAGCUCCUUCUGGGGAACUCAGCAGUAGCAAUAGACCUCCUCAAAUCAAGAUUCCUGGGCCAGCCAGGAUCUCUUGUUGCUUUGUCCUAAUACCCAUCUGGCUGAGAAAAUGCUAUGACUGGGUCCUUCUCACAUCUGCAUUUGGAUAACUGCAGCAAAGGAAACCAGGUAUUUGCUAAAAAUAUAGCCAGUUAGUGCUCAUUUUUCCAAGAGGUGGCUGGCUGGAUUGACUAUGGAGACUGGAGGGCUCUCAGAUUUGCCAGGGCAUUUUUUACUCCUGACUGAUGCAGAAAACUAAUAUAAUUUAAAUGAACAGUUUUGAAAAUGGCAGCGCAGAGCAGGAUGAUACAAAGCAAAAGGAGCCUCAUUCUCACCUACUUUCAGGAAGGCUACUGGGGCAAGGCAGGUGUCAUGAGUAAGCAGUGUUUAGGACACAGCACUAGCACCCUCUGCACGUACACACAGAUCCUGUGGGUCUUUCCGGAAACACAAGAUGUGUGUGGCUGUGGAUCACGGUAAUGAUUGGCAACACUCGUGUCGAAUACCUUGCUAAAAUAUUUCAGCAGGGGAAGCAAAAAGGUCAAAUACAGUUUUCUUCAUUUCAUUUAAAUUAAAUGCCUCCUGCACAGUCAGUCGCGUUAUAGUUCACAUUUGAUUUUCCCAUUCCCAGUAGAGUUCCCUCUCUCUUCUCCUUUACUGUCCUAAAGCCAGGAGUAACUUCCUCUGUUGAUCAAAAUCCUGGUCUUGCCUUUAGCUUUGCUGUCACUUGACAGACACCAGCAAAUCUACAUUCCUCUGCUACGUUUUUUACAAGUAACGAGCUCCAAGUAAGUUGUUCCCAGCUCCAUUCUGGGGCAUGGAGUCAGUACAGCAUCCCUCAGAAACUAGAAGUUAUUUUGUUAUUUUUUAGAAAGGAUGCUGUAUUGUGCCUGUAAUUGAGGGGGACGACACUCCCCAGCAGAUUUCUACAAUACAGUUCUCUGAAUUCAUUUUACAGAAUACUCUAUAAAAUAUAUUUGAUGUGUCUAGAUUUUGGCACUAGUAAGAACUAACCAAUUCUAUUUGAACUUUUACACAUUUUUAAUACGCAAAACAAAAAAUGUACAAAAAUGCAUUUAACUACUUCAGUACUUUUAAUAUUGAAACUGUACUAUUUGCAGAGUGUCGCACAUGCCUCUGUAUACAGAUUAAUUACAGAUCAAUAUGUGUUCCUUUGUAUAUGCCUUCCUCUCCAAGGCAGAAAGAAAGCUUCCUGAGAAAUGUUUAAUAGCCUGCAAUUCCAGCACAGUGAUAAAAAUACGAGGAAAUUCUUUGGCAAGUUUUCCUCUAACAGUUGUCAAGUACACUGGUAUUUUUUUACUAUGCACACUGUUGUUCUCUCUGCUUCCUUGGGAAUGUACCAUCUUUAGUUCAGUUCAUGUUUGUCUCCUGACUUGAAAAGAUGCUUUCAAACUGUGCACCAAUGAAUGGUUAAGGGUGCUGUGCUUGGUGGUUAUUGUGUCAUCCCUUGACUUCUGUGCCUGUUCUGCCUACUUUGCAUGGCUAAGGGAAGGCACUCUGUUCCUUAAAUAGGGGUGGUUUGAAUAGGAGGUUAUUGUAUUUUGAAAUUGUAUUGUCUAUAAACCUAACUGACAAGGUGAGGGAAUACAGUGUUCAGUUCAGACUGUCUGUAAAAUAAUUCCACUUGAGUAAAACUUUGAGGAGUUCACUUUUUCAUAAAGUUUUAUAAAAAGCUGAAUCCUCCCACUGAGAUCACUCUGCCCAAUUUGGAAUCUGGUCGAUAACAGAAGUGUGAUGUUGUAAGGAUUACAGCCCUUUAAAUUUGGACACAACCUUAAGUAUGCAAGCAAACCUCUGACAAAGAGCCUUUGUUCAUGAUAACCUUAUCACCAUAACAGCAUCCCAUAAAUCAGAUUUACCAUGUCCCCUUAACCUCAAUGCACUCUCAAUUUAUGCAUUACAUCACUUCCACCAUUCUGAGUUCCUGAAUAGCUAUACCGCUGAAAAGUGUCAUCUUUUUGCUAAUCUAAAUGAAAUUCCAUGCAUUUUUCUUUCUUUGCUACCUUAUGUGGAUAUUUCUCACAAGGCUCCUUUCCCCCAGCUUUUAUUAAAUCUUCAGAAAGAUUCAGGUUGAAGCUAUUACAUAGACCUGCAGAUCUAAAACUGAAAGCGUUAAAGCUUUGUAAUGCUCCUCUCCUUACCUUCCAGAAAAGAAGAAAACACUUGCAUCUCGUCAUGAAAAGAAAUCUUAUAUGAGCACUAAGAACCUAUAACACUGUGUUUUUUAAUAAGUAUCGUGACAAUUUCAGCCAAUUUUAAAUAGCUGUUAACUUUGAGAGAUACGAUUUCACUUUUUAUGUGGGUGAAUCGUAACAUUGAAGACCACCUCCCUUUUAACAAAACGCCAGGGAAAUCAUUAACGAAUAAUGCAUAAAUUCAAGCCAAGAGAAUCUUUAUGCCAUGCCAGUCUCUUAUUUGCGGGAAAUAAAAUUAGAGCACAAUGUGCAGUAACUGAUAACCAGAGGAAUCCCGCUCUCAUGCAGACACAAUCACAGGCAUAGCGCGGGAGAGUACUGAACGUGCCGUUCCAGAAGGUUCAGAAGAACCUCUGCAGCAGAAGGUCUGACAGCAUUCCUGGCAGCCAGCAUUGGGCAGAGUUACAGUAGGCAGCAUAUGGGAAAAGACAGAAAUUGGCCAUCUGGAAGCAGGGAAUUGCACAGGCCAGGGGAUGCAGUGAUAAUGUAAUUAUAAUCACUGCUUACUCUCUCUUUUUCAGCCAGUUUUUUAAGGAAUUUAGACUGAAGCCUGAAAUUAACUGUGAAACAGUCAUGGUGUAAUACAGCCAAAAACCAAUGAAUCAUAAGUUUCUGCAUUUUGCUUUUGUAAUAAACAGAGCGAAAGAGAUAAAUUUUGGGUCAGCUGCAUUUCAAUUACAUUUACUUUGUCUAGUAGUUGCCACAAGUCAAACACCUUUCUCUAAACUUGCAAGUUUAUUUGUAGCCUAAUCUAACUAUUGUUCAAAUUAUAAUCAAAAGAAAGGUAAACAUUACUGUUCUAGUAGAGUAAAAAGAUAUGUCACAAUA